CGCCACAAAACAUGACAACUAAUAUAACCUGAACGUGUAAAUAAAAUCGAAACUGAUCGAAACAAACCGCCCCGAAUAUCCCGUUAAUUAUCAUUGAGCAAAAUAAAAUAAGUUCUUAUAAUUUAAAUAGAAAUGUCUCGCUCCGCUUCAAGAGUUGACACGAAAAAAGUGAAUUCAGAGUUAAUAACACUUACCUAUGGCGCACUGGUAGCCCAAAUGGUCAAAGACAUCGAUAAUGUCGACGACGUCAAUAAACAACUCGAACGUCUGGGUUACAACAUGGGAAUUCGCCUCAUUGAAGAUUUCCUCUCGAAAACACAUGCCAGCAGGUGUCUUGAUCUGAAAGACACAGCAGACAAGGUACAAACAGCAUUCCGUAUGUAUCUGGGCGUCCAGCCCAACGUGGCCAACUGGAGUCCAGCAGGAGAUGAAUUUUCCUUCAUAAUUGACUCAAAUCCACUUACUGAACUUGUUGAGCUGCCAGAAGAGAUGAAAAACUUGAAAUACUGCAAUCUCAUCUGUGGUGCACUAAGAGGCGCUCUAGAAAUGGUGCAUUUGGACAUUCAGAGUUGGAUUGUACAGGAUCAGUUAAAAGGUGAUACUAACACAGAAAUCCGAGUUAAGUUCAUAAGGCGUCUAGAGGAUGCAAUUCCAGCCGGCGAGGACUAAAUAUCACAAGUUGAGUUUAAGAAAACACAUUUACUGCAAUAUUUCUAAGAAUUAAAUUAAAUAAUUCACAUUGUAUGCAAGUUUGAACCUUUUUGGUUAUUAUGGCUAUUGUUUGCGGAAUUGUACUGCAUUUUCAAUGAAUUUAGCCAGUGCUAAAAUCAUAGGUUCACUUAAUUUACGUCCCAUGAUUUGUAAACUUAUCGGAAGACCUGUUUUCGACAGUUUUAUCGGUAUAGAAACCGCUGGGAUCCCUAAAAAUAAAACAAAUUAAAAA